GCGUUCUCCACGCCGAAUCGCGCGGGAAAUGGAACAUUUGCCAUUCAGAAACAACAACAGACUGAAAGAUAUCAUCGCGGCCAUAAAUGGGUCUUAAUCGGAAAUAAUUUGAAGAAAGUUUAACUGACAAUACGCUGAGCACAUAUUUUGACGAUGGAAAACUUUCAGAAAAUUGAGAAGAUUGGUGAAGGAACAUAUGGAGUGGUAUACAAAGCGAGAGACAAAAUCAACAACCGGCUUGUGGCCUUGAAGAAGAUACGCUUGGAUGCUGAAUCAGAGGGUGUUCCAAGCACAGCUAUCCGAGAAAUUUCCUUGCUGAAGGAACUGGAUCAUCCAAAUGUAGUGAGGUUGUUGGAUGUUGUCCACAGUGAGAUGAAGCUUUACUUGGUGUUUGAGUAUUUAAAUCAAGAUUUGAAGAAAUACAUGGACUGUGCCCCAUCAGCAGGCCUAUCACCAGCUCUUAUCAAGAGUUACCUGCAUCAGCUGCUGCAAGGAAUCGGCUACUGCCACUCCCACCGAGUCCUGCACAGAGAUUUGAAACCACAGAACCUCCUCAUUGAUACAGAGGGAAACAUCAAACUAGCCGACUUUGGUCUAGCCCGUGCCUUCGGUGUGCCAGUGCGAACUUACACACAUGAGGUGGUCACGCUGUGGUAUCGAGCCCCUGAAAUCCUUCUUGGUAGCAGAUUCUAUUCAACCCCAGUUGAUGUAUGGAGUCUGGGCUGUAUCUUCGCUGAAAUGAUCACUCGGAGAGCACUGUUCCCUGGGGAUUCAGAAAUUGAUCAACUUUUUCGUGUUUUUCGUACAUUAGGAACUCCUGAUGAGACAGUCUGGCCAGGAGUCACACAGCUUCCAGAUUUCAAGUCCUCAUUUCCUAAAUGGGCUCAUCGGAACGUUGGGUCUGUUGUUCCAAAUUUGGUUGCUGAAGGAACUGAUUUGCUGGCACAAAUGCUGUGUUAUGAACCAAGCAAACGAAUUUCUGCUAAGACAGCUCUGCACCAUCCAUACUUCAUGGGAGUUGAAAGACAGAAGCCGGCAUCCAUGAUUAACUGAACAUAAUCCAUUACCGAACAUAUGUUUACAGCUAAGUCUUCAUAUUGCAUGCAAAACAGUAUGUUUAAUCAGUUGAGACAAUAUUGAUGAAUAAUGUUUAUAAGGCUAAUACUGACUUAACUUCAAAUGUCAAGGCUUUUGAGAGCCCUGUAUGCUGGUAAGAGCAUUUUCUGUUUAUAUACAUGUCCUUAUACCAAUAUGCUAUGUGGCUUUAUUUAUUUUACAACUAUUGGAUAUGCAACUAAAUUCAGAAAUGAUGCUUUUGUAGCUUGUGGGUAUGAGAGGUAUGGGUAGGUGGUGCUGGAAUUUUCUUGCAAGAUUUUAUGUGCUACUAUUUAUUUUGGGCUAACAUGCUUCUUACCAAAACACAAUUUCAAUGUGAACCAUAUGGUUUUAUAUCAUUUAAGAUAUGUUCUUUUUUAGUAUUGGCAUUCAUUACACUAUAUUUUCGUUGUUUUUGUGACAGUUAAUAGCUUGCAAAAGAAAUUGUAAAACAUUUGUCUACAUGCCCCCUCCACCAUCCAUAAACAUCCCAUAUGCAUAGUUCAGUGUAUGACAAAGAUGAUUUCUCAGUAGAACAUUACUUUUCAUAAGUUGUCUGAAUGAAGUCAUCAAUGAUUGUCACGAGAUAUGGACUCCUUUAUCCAGCUCUUUUGGAACUUGUGUAAUCAUACAUAUUUAUUACUGAAAUAUAGUGCAGGUAAGUUAAAGUAAUUUUUCAAUCAUCUUUUAGUGCUAAUCAUUUGCACAGAGAGCACUAGUGGAAGUAUUGAUGUCAGACCUCGGCUGUUGUAGUUACUCUGUAUCAGCUGAGUAUGAGUGAAUGAGUUGAGCUUUGAACAGUAUUUCAGCUACACCAUGUUGUGUCAGCCUGAAGUGAUGCAGGUCACAGACCUUUACUGUUUUGAUGAAACAUGGUAUCAUUUUAACAAACUUAAAACAAGCAUAGGGCAAGCCCUGAUUUGAACCUACAGUCAUAGGUUUCUGGUACCCUCAAGGGAAACACCCUGAGAAUUGUGGCACCAUAGAUAAAUGGGCCAUCUGUUCCCCCCAUCUGCUGAUGAGUGUCAUGUCAGUUGAGCAUGUUGAAUCUUGGUCUCGCAGGAGAGGAAAUGCAUAUUUUUAGACACUACUGUACACUAUUUAUGGAGGCUGAGAAACAACAUGCUCUGCUGUGGUGACAGUAACAUGUUUAUGUUGUGCAAUACAUUAUGUUGUAGAAGGUGCUGACUUUAGAUGUACAUUAGUGUUGUAUCGUGAUACUCAAGGUACAAGGCUGUAAUAUUUUAUGUAAAAAUGACCUCAUUCAACAAAGAGCCUUGCACGCCAGGGCCUAGAUUUUCGAAGCUCUCUUAGCGCUAAGAUUAUCGUAAGUUAAUGUUAAUGCAUGGCACUUACGACUAUCUUAGCGUUAAGAGAGCUUCGAAAAUCUAGGCCCAGUUCUUAAGUUUUACUGAAUCUGUCACAGGACUAAAACAGCUGUUGCAAACUGCCCUUUUAAUGUUCUUUGGUUUGUGUCAUGUUUACCUCAAAUAUUCCAUAUUAAAUUACGGUAAAUAUGUUGUGACCAUGGAUUGAUGUGUUGGGACUAGGGCAGAGAGCAGUGUCAGUGGGAGUUGUGACGGUCAACACGAACCAGUCAGCACCUGUCGCUUGUCAUGUUGUGAGUGGGUUUUUACACUCAUCAAAUUAAAGGUUUUUAGAAUUCUUUUUCAUAUUUUAGUAAGAUGUGUGUUUGAUUUUUGUGGCUGUACUAAUUGAACAUUUCAUGAUUAUUGCAGAUUAACUUGAUUUUGUGUAAAGGAAAUCCAGGUGUUCUGAUGGAUAGGGUGUCAGACCAGGUUACAAUGAAGGUAGACUAGUUCACGCCAGAUUGGUUUUGAAACUAUGUGUUGUAUAUCUUUAGCUUACCAGUGUUUACUGCUUUGUGUUUUUGCUUGCCUUUUUCAUUGGUUACAAAAAAG